UCCUCAGUGUAUUGUUCAAGUUUCUGGUUCAACAUGGAUUCCAAUUUUCGGUCCGAUUUUAUCAAAAGUCGUGGGAAAAACGAAAUCGAUGACUCGGAAAAACUACGUGUGUUGACGCUCAAUUGCUGGGGCAUUCCUUACUUAUCAAAAGUGAAGAAAGAACGAUUUGAUGCCAUUGGUCAAGAAUUGAAAAAAGGAAAUUAUGACAUUGUUUCACUUCAGGAGGUUUGGGAUAAAAAAGAUUAUGAAACCUUGAGGGCUGUUUUGGAGAAAAUUUUUCCUUAUUCAUAUUAUUUCUUUGGCGGUGUUUAUGGAACAGGGAUUUGUAUAUUUUCGCGGUAUCCUGUACUCAAAACAUUUGCCUAUCCUUUUGCUGUGAGUGGCUAUCCUUAUGCAAUCGCUCAUGGAGAUUGGUUUGGUGGAAAAGGCGCUUGUUUUGCUUUGAUUGAUCAUCCAAAAAUGAAAAUACACUUCUUUACUUCGCACUUACACGCAGAGUAUGACCGUAACAAUGACGUAUACCUAUCCCAUCGUGUUGUGCAAGCGUAUCAUCUCUCCAAACUGAUUGGUCAAAUCACCGAUCCUGAGGAUUUUGUUUUAUUAUGCGGUGAUAUGAACACAGAGCCCGAGGAUCCAUGUUAUCGCAUACUGAAAGAAUUACCUCAGCUUAGUGAUUGCUGGUUGGAACGUGGGUCGAAGUCCAAUUGCUAUGGUAAUACGUCAGACAGAAGUGAGAACAUGUUUACAUCAGAGAAAUACGACAAGCACAAAGUCGGAGGUCCUGAGGAUGGCAAGCGUAUAGAUUACAUUUUCUACAGGUCGUUGGAUCAGAGAUGGGAGUGUGACAGUGCAAACGUGACGAUGAGCAAAGUCCCUGGGGCUGAAUUUCCAUUCUCAGAUCAUGAUGGUGUGGAGGCCAGUUUUGUGUUCAAUCAAAAAACGUCGGAAACGCCAGACUUCCCAAGCGACAGUGAAACAGUCAUAUCUGUUCUUUCAGAAGCUACGACUUUAAUCAAAACUGAGCUGAAACAUAUUAACAAACACUUCUAUAAAAAAUGCAUUGCUAUCAUCCUACUUAUCGCUUUUAUAUUGUUACCAGUCUUCCUGCCGGCGAAGGAGGGCUCUUGGUUCCUCGCCAGUGAACCGUUAGGAAGAAUUGUGUAUAUUUUACGCAUAGUACUGACCGUUUUUGUGUGCGGGUUUACUUGGUUAUUUUUAAUCACACGAAGCCAUGAACGACACGUUUACGAGAGUGUGCUGCGUGAGAUUAACCUAGAAUUGCAACAUGAUCAUACUUCAUAUAGGCUAAAAUGAAUAUCUCCUGCAUGGGCAUAGAUCCCUGUUUUAUGGUGAAAAAUGAUUUUAUUAAGAAAAUAUUUCCAAUAAAUAUGUCAAUCUUGUAUGUUAAUGUAUAAAUGUUCGUAACUUAGCUACGUUCGUAACUAACUUCUGCUGUCUUACAACACCCAAAGCGGAACUUAAAUUUGUAUAUAAUCAAGGGUGAAUGAUUUUAUUUAGAUUAUUUACAAUUUUAAAGCUAUUAAUAAAAA